AUGACGCUGUUGCGCUUGCGCUCUUCCACUGCUGAAGGCGCUCAGCCACCCGUACACAUCCCUGUGUUGCUGCAAGAGACUGUUACUGCCUUGUCGCGCAAUGUUUCGGAUGUUUCCAAGCCUCUUUACUUUGUGGACGGCACUGCUGGUUUCGGAGGCCAUUCAAGGGCCAUUUUGCAACGCUUUAGCGACGCCAGAUUGCUCUGUAUCGACUGCGACCCCGAGGUUUUAAGCAUUGCUCAAGCCAACUUGUCCGAGUUCCAUGGCCGCGUGAGCUUCCAGAACGGAUCGUACGCUGACUUGGCAAAGCAUUUAGAAGCUGCUAGAUUCCCAGAUGAAGUAGACGGGAUUCUUGUUGAUUUGGGGGCCAAUAGCUUCCACUUUGACGCUGCGAGACGAGGCUUUAGUGUGCUGAACGACGGGCCAUUGGACAUGAGGUUUAACCAGCUAGACGCAUCGCUAUCGACCGCUGCCGAUGCGGUGAAUAGCCUGUCGGAAGUGCAGCUGACGAAGAUCUUUAGGGAUUACGGAGAGGAACGACUAGCUAAGGAGUUUGCCAAGGCUAUUGUAAGGGAGCGAGAAGAGAAAGGCAAAGUGUUUGAGACGACGAAAGAUCUGCGCGAGUGCAUUGAACGAAUCGCCAAUAUGCGCUGCGGAUCUACGUGA